UGAUUACACGAUUAGCUGUCUGUAUAAUUGCGUGUUAAUCCCAAAUUGUUUUUAUCACUCGGUUAUCAGGAAUCAUUUCUAAACAUUUACAAACUAUGGAAAAAGAAGCAAUUGAAGCAUCUGAGGGCACUGACGCGACUGAUGAAGAUAAACCCCGGUACCGGCAGAGGGAUCUGUUCCAAACCCACUUCUUCAGAGCAGCCGCUAAAUCCUUCGGCGCUCCAAAAUCCCGGCGGAGGGUUCUGGUAGCGCCUCCGAUGCUGAAAUACGAUCCUGAAGACCCAGUGACGAUACAAACUAUCCGGGAGACUCUUCCAGACUCGGACUAUAACAUAAAGACUCGCUGUCCACCGGACACCCCCGACCCGGCUGCGUCCGCACUGCGGACAGCAGCUGGAAAGAAGGGGCCGCCAACCGAACCGGGGGAGGACGAGAAAGAUCGGUACCAGAAAUGGCUCACGGAGAGGAGACAGACUAGGACAGAGCUGGACAGCUUGGGAAACGUGGAAGCAUAUCUGCGAGGCAAGCACUUCAAAACCGACCUGGAGAAAGCCGUGGUGGACAGGAUCCAAACCGAGAGACGAGUGUGCAGGGGGCUGCUCAGAAACAGCAGGGCGCAGCCGUCGGGUCUCACCAAGUCUGGUUCAGUGAGAUCCAAGCCCAGGGCCCCUCCCAAGAUCUGCAGCCCCUCUCCUUUGGGAAUGGGAGUCCUGGUGCUCUACCUGCAGAGGGAGAAGCUGCGGAUGCUGGACCUCUUCCGUAGGGUGGACAAGACCAGGAGGGGCAAAGUGACCAGAGAGGACUUCAAGCUCGUCAUCAACGCGCAGGCAAGAAUCCCUUUGGACAAGCAGCAGCUGGACCAGCUGAUUGUGAGUCUGAGCUGUGCGGACACCGACCUGGUGAACUACAAAGAGCUGGUGGACGGGAGGAACGCGUGGAACCAGGAGGCUUGGGAGUCCUUGAGGAACGAGCCCCUGCUGUCAGAGGCAGAGGAGCCUUUCAACGAUCCAUCGCCCUCACCACGUGGGUUCCUGGUAGCUCGGAGUGGGGUUCGACUAACAUCUCCUAGGGACAGAAUCAAGUCUCUUGGGGACAGGCUCAAGUCUCCUGGGGACAGGCUCAAGACCCCUGUAGAGAGGGUCAAGUCUCCUGGGGACAGGCUCAAGACCCCUGUAGAGAGGGUCAAGUCUCCUGGGGACAGGCUCAAGUCUCCUGGGGACAGGCUCAAGACCCCUGUAGACAGACUCAAGUCUCCUGGGGACAGGCUCAAGUCUCCUGGGGACAGGCUCAAGACCCCUGUAGACAGGCUCAAGUCUCCUGGGGACAGGCUCAAGACCCCUGUAGACAGGCUCAGGUCUCCUGGGGACAGCCUCACGUCUCCAGGGAGCAGUCCCAGCAGGCUGAGCUGCGGCUCCCGGUUUCUGGAAGUCCCCCCGACUGAGCUGAGCGAGGGCCGGCCGCUGAGCUAUGAAGACAUGGAGGAUAUCGGCAAGUGGAACAGGGAGAGGAGGCGCCGCUCCGAGAGCGAUACUAACAGCUUGGUCUGGCGGGAGCAAUGCCGCCUGGUCCGGACAGGCAAUGCUGCCGUUGACAGCCACGCCCUGCCGUCGACUCUGGGGGGAGAGGAUGCAGAGGCGGUGGAUAGAUUCAGGAGGAGCUGCUUCAACGUUUACAUGGACACCGUGCAGCUGUGCCAGAGAAACAGUGUGCCGCUGUGCCAGAGAAACAGUGUGCCGCUGUGCCAGAGAAACACCAUGCCCCAGACCGUGGGGCCACUGGAGAAAGGACUGCUGUACCCAGGAGACAAGCUAAUAGCCAGGCAUCGGUCUAACUUCCAGGAAUCAGGGCAUAAUCGAAUCAGCAGGGCACAAGACAGGGGCUUUAAACAAGAGCGCAGACAGAGAGCAGCGCAACCCCACUGAGCUGCACAGGAUUCAGCACAAGACCCUUCGCCCAACCCGAAGAGGCGCUGUUUCACCUGCCUCCACAAGAGGGCAGCAGUGACCCCCAGCACAACAACAAAAAAACAACAACGACCCAGGGGGUUAAAAAAAAUACUGUACACCCCUGUAUUCACACCUAACCUUAGGUUUUGAUUACUGAAUGUAAUUAUUAAAACAUACUGAAUAAAACUAUUACAAAUA